AUGGCGGACUUUGACGAGAUCUACGAGGAGGAGGAGGACGAGGAGCGGGCGCUGGAGGAGCAGCUCCUCAAGUACUCCCCCGACCCGGUGGUGGUGCGCGGCUCCGGCCAUGUCACCGUGUUUGGACUAAGCAACAAAUUUGAAGCAGAAUUUCCUUCAUCUUUAACUGGAAAGGUUGCACCUGAAGAAUUUAAAGCCAGCAUCAGUAGAGUUAACAGUUGUCUUAAGAAGAACCUUCCAGUUAAUGUACGAUGGCUACUAUGUGGAUGCCUUUGCUGCUGCUGCACUUUAGGUUGUAGUAUGUGGCCAGUUAUCUGCCUCAGUAAAAGAACACGAAGAUCGAUUGAGAAGUUAUUAGAAUGGGAAAACAAUAGGUUAUACCACAAGCUGUGCUUGCAUUGGAGACUAAGCAAAAGGAAAUGUGAAACGAAUAACAUGAUGGAAUAUGUCAUCCUUAUAGAAUUUUUACCAAAGACACCGAUUUUUCGACCAGAUUAGCAUUUGAUUUAUUUAUAGAGACUUAUUCAAGUAUGUUGUCUUUCCAAUGGUGCCUUGCUUGGUGCUCUCCUGGUGGUGA